AUGGUAAUAACUAAUAAGAAUGGUUGCAAUGCAGGUAGAUCUAUGUUCAUGCAAAAGGAACUUAGCAAGGAGGAUGAAGGCAAUGGGAUGGUGAAGGAGAGUUUCAUGAUUGGUUCGAGACCGCCGAGGUGCAAAGGGAUUUGUCUUAACUGCGGCCCCUGUGAGGCAGUUCAAGUUCCUGCAACUCCGCAGGAGAGAAAAUCUGUAGGGCAUUCUAACGUGAACAUUAAUGGAAGAGGAGAUGAAAGCUCCAAUUACAAACCCAUGAACUGGAAGUGUAAGUGUGGAAAAUUCAUCUUCAAUCCUUGA